AUGAGCUCUAGUGGAUGCUGCUCCUCUGGAAAGACGGUGUGCUGCAGCCAGCCAUGCCAGCAGUCCAGCUGCUGUGACCCAUGCCAGAAGACCAGCUGCUGUGUCAAGCCAUGCCAGCAGUCCAGCUGCUGUGACCCAUGCCAGCAAUCCAGCUGUUGCGACCCAUGCCAGCAAUCCAGCUGCUGUGACCCAUGCCAGCAAUCCAGCUGUUGCGACCCAUGCCAGCAGUCCACCUGCUCUGUCAAGCCAUGCCAGCAAUCCAGCUGUUGCGACCCAUGCCAGCAGUCCACCUGCUCUCCAUGCCAGCAGUCCAGCUGUUGCAACCCUUGCCAACAGUCCAGCUGUUGCGACCCGUGCCAGCAGUCCAGCUGCUGUGACCCAUGCCAGAAGUCCAGCUCUUGCAACCCAUGCCAGAAGUCCAGCUGCUGUGACCCAUGCCAGCAGUCCAGCUGCUGUGACCCAUGCCAGAAGUCCAGCUCUUGCAACCCAUGCCAGCAGUCCAGCUGCUGUGACCCAUGCCAGAAGUCCAGCUCUUGCAACCCAUGCCAGAAGUCCAGCUGUUGCAACCCAUGCCAGAAGACCAGCUCCUGCAACCCAUGCCAGCAGUCCAGCUGCUGUGACCCAUGCCAGCAGUCCAGCUGCUGUGACCCAUGCCAGAAGUCCAGCUCUUGCAACCCAUGCCAGCAGUCCAGCUGCUGUGUCAAGCCAUGCCAGAAGUCCACCUAUUGCUGCACCCAGCAAUGCCUGCCGUGCAGCCGCUGUGGCUGCAUCUCCUGCUGCUGUGGAUCUCUGUCUUGCUGCUCAACCGUGGUGAAGAAAAAGCCUGUUGUGGUGAGCUGCAGCCCGGUGAGUUACUGCUCUCCCAUGAGAAAGUACUGCGUACCCAUGCAGCAGUGCUGCUACUCGAUCAAAAAGUGCUGCUGACCUCACUUGGGGUAGGAAAAGCAGCUCUGCCAGCUGCCGUCCCUGGAGUGCAACAAGACCAGGCACCACUACAAGGAGAUGACAACCUGCCGUUACU